GGUACGCGUGCGCGUCCGAGGAACAGUUGAUGCUUGCGCGUCGGGGAAGACACAUCCGUACUCUGCUGGUGGUUUAAGUGUUCGAUAUUAUUACUAGUGACUUAAGGAUACCACAUAUAUCGAGAUCUCCUGACGGAUAAAGGAUUGUAUUCGUGGAUGAUAAUUUAACCUCAAAAUUAUUACUUAUCAAUAUGAAUCUGCACUCAGGAUUACAGUUGUUCAUGUGCCUGUUCAUGUGUACGGUAAACGUACAAGGAAUCAAGGUUAAGUUUGGCACUAAAGACGGUCCAAUAGAGCCUCCAACUCCGGAGCCGCAGCCUCCGCCACAGCCCUAUAGGGAUCCCGCACCCGUUUGGGAGGAAAGACCCGAUGACACUGCUGACCCUAAUGCUCAUUGGAAACCACAACUGUCUAUACCUCAGCCGAGGUACACACAAGUCUUCUUUAACCCCGCGCCAACACAGCAACCUCUUAACAAUGUGCAACGUUUCGCAAACUCCUACAAACCAGUACACCAACCAAUUCAAGCCAGACCAGUCAUUGAUUACUUCAAACCAGCUCAAAUAUUAAGUUCACAAAGUUUGCCAGGAUUCGGCAUUCGUUAUUUCGUUCCUAAGUAUGUAAAAGAUCUGCAGUCUCGAAAGGAAGAAAAGAAGCAGGAGGACGCAAAACACAAUGACAUUGAAACAAAUGACAUAGUUGGAACUGAGAAUCAUGAUUAUAAUUCGGAUUUGUUAUGGAAAUACGAAAAGGAUACUACCAAAAGGGGUCUCACUAACGUCUUAGAAAAUAAACCAGCAAGACCGAUCUAUGUUUGGCCGGAGUACGUGCAAAGAAGACAUUAGUAUCUAUGGGAUAAUUGUUAAGUUGUUGAUUGAAAACGACUAUUAAAAUAAGGGAGUCUCUAAAAUAAACUUAAGGCUAAUUUUUUUUUUAUUUUGAGAUGCUAAUUCAAAUAAUUAGUUUUAGAGAAAUAGAAUGUUUAUUGAUACUGUGAGACUAUAGGAACUUUUUAUAAGAAGCUAAUUUGAGGUUAAAGUUCUUCUUUAAAAUAAAAUUAAGUUUAUUGUCUCUUUAAAAUUAUCGUUAUUAUUUUGGAUUAGGUAAUGUAGAGUUAGGAAAAGUGCCAGAUGUUUUAAGCGGUAUUUAUAUUUAGAUUAUAUGCUUGUUAUUCAAUCAUACUUCUAAAAGAAUUUUAUAUUAAAAACAACCAUCUCGUUACAAACGCAUUAAAUAACAAUAACGAGUUAAGAGAAGCUAUAAAUUCUACUCGAGGCUAAAUUGACAUCUUUCAAGAAAACGCUAAGGACUUAUAUCUUAGAAAAACCUUAAAGUACGUGACGCGCUGUAUUAAAUCAUUUUUGAAAUUAAAAUAUAGCCAAAUAAAGACACACCAAUACAUUUUUAUGAAUCUCUUAUGUCACUUAAAAUUAUUACUUUUGUAUAAGUAAAUAUAGGUGUGUGAAGUAGGUGUACAGCAAAUUUUAAAGUAAAAUAUCAACAGUACGUGUGUGACCUAAAUAUAAUAAUAAACAAAACUUGUCUAUAGUUCUAUACUUCGUCUAUUGAUUUAAAAUAAUUGAUGCGUAUUUUAUAAAUGUGUUGAACUUCGUUUCGAAAAGCAUACUUUGUAAAAAAUAGUAAAUAAAACUUAUUUUUUUAUGAAAUAGUCUUUUAUCAAUGUUAUAACAAUAAAAUGUAAGUUGUUUUUUUUUUACUUAUUUUGUAAUUUAUUGAACAAUAGAUAACUCUUAUAAUAACAUAAUAUAUAUUGCUCUUUCAUGAAGAUUACACUACAAACAGUUAUGUCGUUAAGAGAGAUAUAAAGAAAAUGUCAUUACGAACCUAACAUGUUCAAAACAGACAUGCGACUAAUUUGUCUUUGUAUUAAUGUAGAUUAAAAAAUAAUAAUUUCUUCGAAUAUAAGAAUUAUCUGCUACAAAGUUAUGUUUGAACCGAAUACAGAUUUUAUAUAAAUAAAUAUUGUACAGUGUAAGUAUAAAGUUUCAAUGCUAAUACAAUUUUAAGAUUUUUUUGUCUGUAUGUUGUGGUUCUCGCUUCUUUAAUGUACGACGACUAAAUUGAAGCCUGUUAUUAGGGAUCAGAUAGCGUAAAUAAUUAUCUCGACGUUACAUUUUGCACAUCUCCAUCAUAACAUUGUUCAUGAAAUAUUCCGAAUUUAGGAACUUUCACUGUUGCUUGUUGUUAUGUCAUUUUUGUGAUAAGAUAUUUUGUAUUAUUUUUAUAUAGAAUAAGUAAUGUAUGUGUUUUAUCGCCUAAAUGUUUCAUGUUAAGAGAUUUAAUAAAAAUUGCUUGUAAAUAUGUAAAAUAAAAUGAACUAAUUCAUA